CAGCACAUAGCCAUUUCCCAUUAUGGCUGUAUCUGCUGGAGGACACCAUACUGAACCAAUUGUUUUCAUACGUCAACGAUGUUGAAGUCGGAUUUGUUAUAUAAUAAUGAGAUUUGUACAUAGCCUAUUAUCUACAGGAUGUAAUAGACAUAUAGCUAUGGCCGAAGUCGUCCAAUCGAGUAUUUCCGGACGUCCAGUGAAUCUGGCCAAUUGCAAUGCAAAGUGUUUUAACGAUGGACACAUUCCAAUGGGUACUGUCCCUGCCUCAUGUGAAACUGGACACUAUGCUUCGCAAACGAAGCAUUCCACAUAUGAUAUGAUGAAGUUCAAUGGUAGCAUGUCCCCUCAGACAAUGAAGAAGGAACCACGUUAUGACUGGGUAUUUCCCAGGUAUCACUGUAUGUACGAGACUGAACAGAUUCCAUGUGAUAUGAACAUAGUGUAUGAUUCUACUGGCGAUAUUCCAAAGCAGGAACAGAGAAUCCGAAGACCCAUGAAUGCUUUCAUGGUAUGGGCAAGGACGGAAAGAAAACGAUUGGCAAGCGAGAACCCGGAUGUCCAUAAUGCAGAUCUGAGCAAAAUUUUAGGGAAAAAGUGGAAGGGCUUGCCAGCAGAUGAAAAAAAGACUUUUAUUGACGAAGCUGAACGACUACGAGUCCGGCAUAUGCAAGAAUACCCUGAUUACAAGUAUAAGCCAAGACGUAGGAAGCAUCCGAAAAAAGCUCUCCGCAAAGUUUUGGAUAAAACGCCCGAGCAUCUUAAUGAACACAAAAAGCAGCAACAUUAUAAUGACGGCGCGAUUGAAAAUACCAGUCAUUCACCAGUGACAAAGAUGUACGGUGGAUAUCUUAUGGAAUGUAAAGACUCCGAGAACAUGCAAUGCAUUCUGCGAAAUCCAAAUACACCAGAGUCAUCAUCGUCAUCCUCUCCACCACAGCCUACCGGUGCCCCAAGCACAUACAACCAUGACUAUCUCCCCAAAACUUACGGGCAUCAUCCAUAUCUAACAUUGACCCCAGAAUCAUCACCUAUCGAAGUCAAAGAAAGAAAGUUUUCUUUUUCAUUUGAGGAUACGUCAACUCAAUUUAGAACGAACACCGAACAGCAAUUUUACUCCGCGUGUUUGCGAAAUUUAAGUAAAAGUAAAUAUCCAGAAUCGCGUGGGAUGGACACGGCUAGUUCACGGUCAAACAAUAAUUGCUUUCACGAAAACCUUGCUCCUCUAAGACAAUUGGUACAAAAUCCGCAUAUUGCGUCGAAUCCAUGGCACCAGUACAACAAUGCUCAAUCGAUGUCGUCGUAUGCAAAUACAUUGCUCCCAACUUCGUCUUCAUUCCAUGAAGGGAGUUAUAUAUCUCCUUAUCUGAGUAAUGAUCAGUUAUUGCUGCAAAACAUGUCUGAAGACGAGUCUUUAGCCAACGUGGAUCCCCAAGAGUUUGACCAAUACCUGGUGGGAAACACAGAUACGGCCCUGACAAGAGGAGGUAACAAAUCACCUUAUUGUUCUACGUCUGACGAAAGCGAUGUGACAAACGAUUCAGCUCUUCAAAUAAAACUGGAAAACGAGUCUAGCGAAUCAGAAGUUGACAAUAUCUAGUACUUUGUAUAUGAUGAUAGGCAUUUUUUAAUGUUGUCAUACCAUUUGUUACUGGUUAGCAUUAGUUAACCACAUUCUUAACUCAGUGGUUGAAAUCUUUCUAUGUAAUAUGGAAGAAAUUCCUCGAAAUGUCUGUGCAAUCAUUGAUUACCUGUAUAAAAAGUCUGGGCUCUUAGAAGUCAAAUUAACGUUUGUAAGACGUAUGGAUGAUUAAAUUGGUCAGAUAGACAUGCCUCUUCACAUCCAAAGAAACCAGUUCCAUCAAUGGAAGGUUGAGACAGCAAUGGUUUACUGGAAGCGCUGACGUUAUAAAAUAAAUACAGAAAUGAAAUUGGCAGCUUCCAUAUAGCUUUCCGAUGUACCAAAUGUUAUCAUAAUACAUAGAAAUUGUAUAUAUUUUUCUAUGAUGUUAAAAUUGUUUGUAUUUUUAAUCUUUGUAAAGUUUUACAAGUAUUCUCAAGUCAAAUGUUCAAUACCCAUGACAAAUAUAUAUCAUAUUAUUUAUUUUCCUUACAUACUUUCAUUUUCAUUUUUACUUUCAUUAUGUGUUAUUCAUUAAGGAUAAUGACAAAUCAAUUUUACUGUAAUCAUCUUAUAUCUGAAUUGUAACUUUUGAUAUUACAAUUCAAGGUUUUGUAUAUUACGUAUAUUAUAAAGAUAUAGCCAACUUUUUUUUGUAUAAAGAAAAGUGGUAUCGAUAAAUUUAAGCAAAUACCAGCACAUGGUUUCGUUUGCCUUGUGACAGAAAAUAUCGUAAUGUUGACGACCAUCCACAAAGGGACAUAUAAAAAAGUCCAUAAAUCAGUAAAAGUAAGUUUGCGAUCUAGGUUUAUUUGUGAAUUGAUACAUUAAUUCAGAACUUGACAAACCGGUUUUCAAUAACGAAACCAAAAAAGACGUAUAUGUUUUCAUACUUUGCCUCCAUGACACAAAGAUAGACAACGAUGAUAUCAAUAUAAAAUACAUGUUUUGUAGUGACUUUCUAUUUAGGGUUCAUUUUAAGUCAUUGCUUUUUUUAAUUUAAUAUGAUCUGAAAAUUAAUAAUGAAAACAACAUAGCCAGAUAUGAAAAUGUUCAUAUGUAAUAUAUAUAUAUCAUUUCUGUCUACAUAUGUAUUAAGAUAGCAUUGACCAUUCCAAAUCUUUACUUGACAUUUCGGGUUUUAUAUAUUGAGUGAUAUUACCAAUCAAGUAUCUGUCAUAAUUGUUACAAUAUAUAUAUAUAUAAUGUGUAUUCUUGCUGCCAUAUUCAUUCUCCACAUGAUGGGUUUUUAGUUUAUAAAUAGUUAUGUAUAAAAUUUAUAUUUUGCAGAACUGAUUUUAUAUGCUCUGUGUGUAAUCAUUAUUAGAACUACUAAAUCUGAUUUCCCCAUUUUCCAUUAAUGCCUAAUAAGGAUACAACUUAAAACUACUCUGAUGAGCAAGUUUCGGGACAUUUCAAUUUAUUAUACAGUAAAACUUCCAUCAGACGAGCCGGAUUACAACUCUUUCCUACUUAUUAUGAUGUAAAUUAGAAUCUCCGGAUUUAGCCCCUCUUUACUUGUACUUGCAUCAAAACAGAUAACGGGUUUUUUUUUUUCUAAAAUUGAAAUUUUCUUUUGAUACGAAGUAGCUUCCUGGACACUGCAUGGAAAACACUUUCUUUUUUUCCUCGAAAUUCUAGCCUCGUUUUUGAAGUGGCAAUAAGUGCAGGAAUGUUAGAAUAGUUGUACGGGUAUUUUGAAUCAAUGUUAUUUAGCUUUUCAUUGUGAUUGUCAUAGUGAUUCAUAUGUAGAGCUUUUCAAGAGCUUCAAAUAUAAUACAACCAGAGCUUUUUCCUUGGUUUAUUUGUUCUCACAAUAUGUAUGCUACUUUUACUGAACGGUUUGAUCUUUACACCCAAAUGUACAUGUUCUGAAAGUCCUUGUCGAUAGGAAAAAAAUCUUCCAUAAAAGACAUUCCGUCUUAUUGAAAAUUUCCAUAUGCUUAUUGUUUCAUGAUAUUUUAAAAUAAACUUAUCAAAGUUUUUUUUAAUCGAAACGUAAAUCUGUCAUGAUUCUUACUGAUGUCGUCACAUAUUUGUAAUUUUUACAUUAAGGUAUAUUGGGAUUAGUUUGAAAACAGUCUUUUGGAAAAAUUACUUGAAAGUCCUAUAAUGAAGUGCGAAAGUAUGAAUGUAUUUCCUCUGGUCCUGUAAAAUACAUUAUAAACAAGUUUUAUCGUAAGUUCAACCUAAAAUAAAAUUAAAAAUGAUUAAUUUUAUAGAUAUAUGCUAGUAUAAGACAUUAUUAAUAAAAAAAGAAGAAGGUUGAUAUGUAUACAUGUAGGUGCACUGCUAAGUACACUCCACAAAUCCCUGUUCAUGGGAUAUAUAAAUGAUGGCGUCUUUGAUGUCAGAUCUGAGGAAACUCAUUUCAUUUUAGUCUAGUUGUAUUUGUUAUAACGAUCAACCAGAGAUCUGAUACAAUUAAUGUUUUAAUCUUUAAAUAAGAUAAAAAAAAAUAAUGUUAUCUAUUAUUAACGAGUCGUUGUACAUCAGUAUUAAAUCAUGUGUAUUUUCCUGAAUGCCAACUAUUUCACAGCAGGAAAUGUAUCAUAUUGUAUUUUUAUAUGUCGUGUGUGAAUAAAGAAAAACAGACAACAUGGAAUAAAAUCACUUGAAAUAA